AUGGCGCUCAGCAUUGACCAGAAACGCCUUAAAGCGACUAAGUUCCCGCCCGAGUUCGAUAAGAAGGUCGACAUUGAGAAGGUCAACAUUGACUUGAUGAAGAAGUGGAUCGCCAACAAAAUCACCACUAUCCUCGGCGAUGAAGACGACAUUGUAGUUGAGACAUGCUAUAACCUAGUUGAGCAGAAUCAGUUUCCAAAAAUCAAGGAGAUCCAGAUCCAGCUCACAGGCUUCUUGAAUAAGGAAACGGCCGCGUUCUGCAAAGAGCUAUGGGACUUGAUGCUCAGCGCGCAAGACAGUCCAAUGGGCGUACCGAAGGAGCUCCUAGAGGCCAAGAAGCGAGAAUUGCAAGAGGAACAGGUAAGAGACAUCAUGGCUGCAGGAUUCUAA